GCAAUCCAAGUUGUGUGGUUGGAUUGGGUAGACUUAUUAAACCAACAAAAAGUCUCUAUUAAAAAAAAAGCUGUUGAGCCCCAGACAAAUCACAGCAGAGAAAAUGGCAUCCAUUUCAGCUUGCACUCCCACUCUUCUUCCCAAGAAACCUUCCACUCUUCUUGGGUUACCAUCUACAUACAAAAUGGGAAAAGUGCAAUGUUCGAUUGGGCGAGAAACAAUGAAGGACAACUCAUUACGAUUGGCGAUGACCAGCAUGUCAUCAUUGGUUGCAACAACAGUGGUUGCAACCACGUCGAGCCCGAUGGCCAUGGCUCUAGUGGAUGAGAGAAUGAGCACGGAGGGAACCGGGCUACCUUUUGGUCUAAGCAACAACCUUCUUGGUUGGAUUUUGUUUGGUGUGUUUGGAUUAAUAUGGACCCUUUAUUUUGUGUACACAGGAAGCCUUGAUGAGGACGAAGACUCCGGUCUAUCACUUUAGGGUUUAUAAUUUAAGUUAUAUUCUUGUUGUGAUUAAUUGUUCUUUGCUCACAAUUCUAGCGUACACCAUGAUGAUAUGUAUCAUAGUAAAUUUCUAUUUUCGUCACCCUGCUUUGACAAAAAUCUUGGUUUCAACA